AUGUCUUGUCGAGAAAUUCCACGAUGUGAAGUAGCAGAACACUGUACUCCUGAUGAUGCCUGGAUGAUUAUUCGUAACGAUGUGAUCGAUGUCACAAAUUUUCUCGAUGAACAUCCUGGCGGCAUGGAAAUUAUGCUUGAAUAUGCCGGCUGUGACGCUACGGACGCGUUCGAAAGCGUCGGACAUUCGAUCGCGGCUCGAAUGCUCGCCGAAAAAUACAAAAUUGGCGCAUUGCCAGAACAUGAACAAACCCACGCUAAUCAAUGUAUCUCUGAGGCCAAGAAACUCUUGUGCCCAAUGCACAUAACCGCAUAA